AAAUCCAUGUCCAUUUGUUCACCUGUAUGUCUUCCUCCCCAUCCCUAGACUGGCAAAAGUACUUCCUAUGGCCGCAGACGUACAAAGCCUGGCUACAGAGUGAUCUGCCCCUGCUGGUGGUGACCUAUGAAGACUUGGUGGAAAGUCCUCUCACACAUAUCAUGCAGAUUGUCAACUUCUUGAUGCCUGUGCCGGACAGAAUCGAUUACGAGUGCGCCAUGGAAAUGAGUCGAUCAUCCCCCCAACUGGUGUACGAUUACCGGGAAAUCACCGGCAUUUACAGCAAGGAGAGGCGCAGGAUCAACCGGAAUAUCGACGAGCUGGUGGAAGUCGCCAGGACCAAGUACCCCGGUAUCGUGAAGAGGCUGGAGAGCUAUAGAGCGUACAGCGCCGCAUAACGAGGAAACACGAUUACAAAAUGUGUCAGGACGUGGUAGAGUAGGAUCAGGCGCUCGUCAAUGUUUGGGCGUCUUUUUUAGUUAAGUUUUAGUAG